AUGGCGACUGCGACUGAGGAGUCUCAUGUCCCUGCUAACUUGGACGAAGGGAAUGAGAAGGGCGCAAAUGCUGCCGUCUCGUCUCCAGGUAAAGGCCUUGACGAUGAUUUGGCUGAGCCAGUCGUUACGUUGAAGACGUGGAUUGUCUGUACUGUAAGACUCCCUGAUUCUCCCCAACAUCACGAUCGGCAUACUGAAUCUUGAAUCCAGAUCCUUUCCAUAGGCUAUGGCCUCUCUUUCUGGGCAGUACCGGUCAUGUCAGCCAUCGGUAGCGAAGUAUGCGCAGACCUAGGAGACGCCACCGCCUACAGCUGGUACAUUCCCGCCUGGACGAUCGCCAUCACCAUCUCCUUUCUCUGGUUCGGACCGCACACGGACACUCUAGGUCGACGAUGGUUCUUGGUCGGGGGCAAUUUCGUCACUUUCAUCGGCCAUCUCGUUGUCGCUUCCGCCAAGUACAACACCAGCAGUGGCGCAGGCCAGAUUACCGCGGGCAUGGUCAUUAUUGGCUUCGGAGGAGCCAAUUGCCAGAUGGCCGCGUUUGCCUUGCCAGAGUUACUACCGAAUGCUUGGCGCCACAUUGGAGUCGUCUUUGCCGAUCUUGUGGUCUACAUCACUGUCAUUGUGGCUCCGGUGACUGCUCGAUUUGGAUAUCAAUUCGGGUCGUGGGAGUGGAACUUUUGGUAUUUCCCCCUCAACCAUCACAUUUGAUCUUUGAAUUCUGUUUUGACUAUUAUACAGGUCUCUUGCCAUUUUCCAAUUUCUCUCGUUUCUCGGCCUGCUUCUGCUAUACUUCCCACCAGCCCAUCCGUAAGUCUUAAAGGCGACCUAUUAGGCAUGCUUCGCAGCUAACAGUGCCUUUCUAGAGCUGGUGAGCCAGUGAUGCAGGUCCUCAAAGAGAUUGACUGGCUCGGCAUGUUCCUGUUUGCAGCAGGCGCAGUCCCAGUCCUCAUGGGAAUUGUAUGGGCAUCACUCUUCCCGUCCGAUAACGCCCAUGUUGUUGCUCCUCUCGUGGUGGGCUUUGCUUUCCUCAUCUUCUUCGCGGUCUGGGAACACUUUGGAAAGCUGAAGCGUCCCUUGACGCCUACCUACAUCUUCACUUCCUCCUGGGGCCGGGACUUCACUGCCCCGGCUAUUGCUCUUGGCGUCAUCAACAUGUUCUACUACUCCAGCAGCAUUCUUUGGCCGACAAUGAUCUCCCAAUUCUACACUACAACCGACUGGCGAUACGCAGUCGAGCUCUCCCUCCCGCAGGGUUUCGGAAUCCUGUUUGGUGCCUCGUGUCUUACCCUUCUGGGAAGCAAGCUACGCCACUGGCAAUGGCAACUUUUCGGAUCCUCGUUCGUCAUGGUGCUCUUUGGCUCGCUUCUUGGUAUGGUUAGCCCAACCAACAAAGGCACCAUGAUUGCUUUCCUGUUCCUCAGCCAGGUUGGAUUCGGCUGGGCCAUCUAUCUCGCCAUCGCUCUUACUCAGAUGGGAGUGGAACAUAAAGACCUGGGUAUUGCGGGAGGUAUUAGUGGUACAUUCCGCUUCGCAGCCGGUGCAGGUACGUGGAGAUUUUGGGUAAUAUUGUGGUGCUAAAGCAUACUAACAGAGAUACAGUCGCGACCGCUGUAUAUCAGACUGUGUUGAGCAACGAGCUAAGCUCCGAAACGUCGAAGAAAGUGUCCGCGGCUGUCCUCAACGCUGGUCUGCCUGCGGGCGAACUAUCACAACUGCUUUCCCAGGUUGGAACUACGACACUGGCGUCGUCGUACCCUGCAACUAUCGUGGCAGCUGCCAACGCUGGCCUGGACUCAGCAUACUGUCGAGCCAUCUUCGUCGUGGCAAUGGUCUCGAUGGCAUUUGGUAUUGUCGGUCUGAUUGCAUGCGCCUGCUGCAAGGACGUCGACCACAAGAUGAACAACCAGAUCGAAGUCUACCUGGAGAACGACAGGCUUGCUGACCGAAACAAGAAUCAUUAG